AUGGCCCGCAGCACGAGAUCUAACACAUCCGCUCGCGAAUUCCCUCUCACCGCUGCCUCUACUCGCUCUCGUCGUUCUCGCCCCGCUGAAAAGGCCAUCACUAUCUCUCGCUCGUCCUCAGGUCCACUAGCUGCCACUUCCGCACUCUCAACUCGUGCUCGUUCACUUCAGCCUACUGAUACUGCACCACAAUCCGCCACUCAGACGUCUAAUGCCGUCGUCCAACCUCAGCCUGUCACCAUGGCCAAACAGACCACCAAAGCGGUACCUUCCAAGACCAAACAGCCACCCGCGCCUCAAACUGCCAUCAUUACAACCGCAAAGCGGAACGCAUGGGGAGACUCUCGCGCUGCCACCGAAUCCCAGAUGAUGUCCUCACACGCCACUCUCCUCGUCCAGUCCAACAUCAUCUCCGUCGACACCGCCACUAAGCUCGCCCAGCCCUGGCACGAGAAUGGAGUAUUGGAUUUCCAGUGGGAGAGCCAGCACCUAGAUCCAUCCCGCAAGCACGACGUCAAGAUGAUAGAUCUAGACAAAGCGAAGAAGAUGCAUGCGCGGAAAGACGUAGCGGAGAAGAAAAUGUUAGCGGAGUAUUGCAUGGGGAAGAUUGAUGAAUGGGGUAAGCCUAAGGGCUGGAAAGAAGGGGUCGUCUUGGAGGAUGAGGAGGAUGUUGAUUCAGCGUAUGCCCAAGUCCCAGCCCCCACCCCAGUCCUUACUCCUACGCCAGCCCCGACAAGGGGGAAGAACAAAGCCACUUCCGGCCGAGUCUCCAAAUCCACCCCGAACCGCCACUUCUCCACCAUCAUCGAAGAAGCCUCUACCCCUGCCUCCCCCCUCCCUUCCACUGUCACCACUCCCGCUGACUACAAAGAGUUCGGCUACUUCGACCUCGCCGCUAUCGGUCGCGAACGCGGCCUAAUUACGCGCGGUAACGCGGAUGCUCUACGCGCGCGGCUGGUAGCGGAUGAUGUUGCGGUGCGGAACGGCACGGCGCGCGAAAUGGCGCCGUAUAGGAAACCGGGGGCUAAGCAGGCGCGGAAUAGGAUGCUGAAGAAGGAGAAGGUAGAAGAGAAAGGAAAGUCGGAGCCGGUCGAUAGGAAGCAGAGCAGUGAGGACGGGGAAUAA